GCGCCUGCGCAGUGGCUCCGAGCGGGCGGUUGCUUGUUGGUUGUUGUAGUAACGGGGGAAGCAGCGUCGGCUUCGGCGGUGAGCCCGGCUGGGGAAGGAGGAGGGAGGUAGGCGCGGAGCGCGGUCCCCGCCGGCCCGCCCGGAGCCAUGGGAAGAUGAGACAGGAAUCAGUGCCACCUAAAUUGUUUGAUCCAGUGAAUCUGCAAGGAAAGGUCUCUGAGGCCCCGUCUGCUGACUGCAUGACAAACCCUAAAGGAAAUGCCAGUCGUGAUGGCCCGGGACCUGGAGGAAACAGCAUCAUCCUCAGAGGAUGAAGAGGUGGUAAGCCAAGAGGAUCAUCCGUGUAUCAUGUGGACUGGAGGCUGCCGGAGAAUUCCAGUUUUGGUGUUCCAUGCUGAGGCUAUUCUGACAAAGGACAACAAUAUUCGAGUAAUUGGAGAACGUUAUCAUUUGUCUUACAAAAUUGUGCGAACAGAUAGUCGCCUCGUACGCAGCAUUCUGACAGCCCAUGGAUUUCAUGAAGUUCACCCAAGCAGCACUGACUAUAACCUAAUGUGGACAGGAUCCCACCUGAAGCCCUUCUUACUUCGCACCCUCUCUGAAGCACAAAAGGUUAAUCACUUUCCCAGGUCCUAUGAACUAACCCGGAAAGACCGACUAUACAAAAACAUCAUUCGAAUGCAGCAUACACACGGGUUCAAGGCUUUUCACAUCCUCCCUCAGACCUUCCUUCUGCCAGCCGAGUAUGCGGAAUUCUGUAAUUCAUAUUCAAAGGACCGGGGACCUUGGAUAGUAAAACCAGUGGCCUCUUCCAGGGGGCGGGGCGUCUACCUGAUCAACAAUCCGAACCAGAUUUCCCUGGAGGAGAACAUCCUGGUCUCCCGCUACAUUAACAACCCCCUGCUUAUAGACGAUUUCAAGUUUGAUGUGCGCCUCUACGUGCUUGUGACUUCCUAUGAUCCUCUUGUUAUCUAUCUCUAUGAAGAAGGAUUGGCUAGGUUUGCAACUGUGCGAUAUGAUCAAGGAGCCAAGAACAUUCGGAACCAGUUCAUGCACCUGACAAACUAUAGUGUGAAUAAGAAGAGUGGAGACUAUGUCAGCUGUGAUGAUCCAGAGGUGGAGGAUUAUGGGAACAAGUGGAGCAUGAGCGCCAUGCUUAGGUAUCUGAAACAGGAAGGCAGAGACACAACUGCAUUGAUGGCCCAUGUGGAAGACCUGAUUAUUAAGACUAUAAUCUCUGCUGAACUAGCUAUUGCCACAGCCUGUAAAACCUUUGUUCCUCACCGCAGCAGUUGUUUUGAACUCUAUGGCUUUGAUGUGCUCAUAGAUUCUACUCUGAAGCCAUGGUUGUUGGAAGUAAAUCUCUCCCCUUCUUUGGCCUGUGAUGCACCUCUGGACCUAAAGAUUAAAGCCAGUAUGAUUUCAGAUAUGUUCACUGUUGUAGGAUUUGUGUGCCAGGAUCCUGCCCAGAGGGCAUCAACCCGGCCAAUUUAUCCCACCUUUGAGUCUUCCAGGCGAAACCCUUUCCAGAAACCUCAGCGUUCCCGUCCACUCUCUGCCAGUGAUGCGGAAAUGAAAAACCUUGUGGGCUCAGCCCGAGAGAAGGUGCCGGGGAAGUUAGGUGGUUCUGUGCUUGGUCUGUCAAUGGAGGAGAUCAAAGUUUUACGGAGAGUGAAGGAAGAAAAUGAUCGGAGAGGUGGAUUUAUUCGCAUAUUCCCUACAUCAGAGACAUGGGAAAUAUAUGGGUCCUACCUUGAACACAAGACCUCCAUGAACUAUAUGCUGGCAACACGUCUGUUCCAGGACAGACUAGCUGCUGACGGAGCACCAGAACUAAAAGUAGAGAGUAUGAAUUCAAAGGCCAAGCUGCAUGCUGCUCUCUAUGAGAGGAAGCUCCUGUCUUUGGAGGUGCGGAAACGUCGACGACGCAGCAGCAGAUUGAGGGCAAUGAGGCCAAAAUACCCAGUGAUCACUCAGCCAGCUGAAAUGAAUGUUAAAACUGAGACAGAGAGUGAAGAGGAGGAAGAAGUCUCAUUAGACAAUGAAGAUGAAGAACAGGAGGCUUCCCAGGAGGAAUCUGCAGGGUCCCUUGGAGAAAAUCAAGCCAAAUACACCCCCUCAUUGACUGUUAUGGUAGAAAAUUCACCCAAAGAAAAUGCCAUGAAAGUUAAUGAAUGGAAUAAUAAAGGUGAACAGUGCUGCAAAAUUGAGACUCAAGAGCCAGAGCCUAAAUUUAACCUGAUGCAGAUUCUGCAAGAUAACGGCAAUCUUAGCAAGGUGCAGGCCCGAAUAGCAUUCUCUGCCUAUCUCCAGCAUGUUCAAAUUCGCCUGAUGAAAGACAGUGGAGGUCAAACGUUCAGUGCCAGUUGGGCUGCCAAAGAGGAUGAACAGAUGGAGCUAGUGGUUCGCUUCCUUAAACGAGCGUCUAGUAACCUCCAGCACUCACUGAGGAUGGUAUUACCCAGUCGACGAUUGGCACUUCUGGAACGCAGAAGAAUCUUGGCCCACCAACUGGGUGAUUUUAUUAUUGUAUACAACAAGGAAACAGAACAGUUGGCUGAAAAGAAAUCGAAGAAGAAACUUGAAGAAGAAGAGGAAGAUGGGGUGAAUACAGAAAACUUUCAGGAGUUCAUCAGACAAGCAAGUGAGGCUGAACUGGAGGAGGUGUUGACUUUUUAUACUCAAAAAAACAAGUCUGCAAGUGUCUUCCUGGGGACUCACUCAAAAAGUUCUAAAAACAGCAACAGUUAUUCUGAUAGCGGGGCAAAGGGUGAUCACCCUGAGACGAUGGAGGAAGUGAAAAAAAAGCAGCCCAAACAGCAGCAGGCCACAGAAAUUCACUGUGAUAAAUUAUCUCGAUUUACCACUUCAGCAGACAAAGAGGCUAAAUUAGUCUGUACAGAUUCUUCCUCCGCUUCUUUCUCUGGUCCUGUUGUUACUCUUCUGCAGAAAAUUCCCAGUACCCACUUGUCAUCUAUUAUUACAACCUCUGACCUCUCACCAGGGCCCGGCCACCAUUCUUCUUUCUCUCAGAUUCCUCCAGCUAUCCCCAGCAUGUCUCACCAGCCAACAGGUUUACUGAGCACAGCCCCUGACAGUGCCUCUCCCUCCAUACAUCCUGGGACACAGAACGCACCAAGCCCUGCUGGUCUGCCGCGCUGUCGAUCAGGCAGUUACACCAUUGGCCCCUUUUCCUCUUUCCAAAGUGCUGCCCACAUCUAUAGCCAGAAACUGUCUCGUCCCUCUUCAGCAAAGGCAGGUUCAUGCCAUCCGAACAAGCUGCACUCGGGAAUGGCUAAACCACAAAGAGAGGGAGAGGAUGGUUCUCCGUACAGCAGAUGGUAUAACCCAAGCAUGGUCACGGCUGAGCUCCAGCGGCUGGCUGAGAAGCAGGCAGCCAGGCAGUAUUCCCCAUCUACCCACAUCAGUCUCCUCGCCCAGCAGGUAACAAACCUGAAUUUGGCAAGUGGCGUCAUAAACAGAAGCAGUGCUUCAACCCCCCCCACCCUUCGGCCUGUCAUCAGUCCUAGUGGCCCGACAUGGUCAAUACAGUCAGACCCCCAAGCUCCUGAGAGCCACUCUACCCCUCCUGGAAGCAGGAGCCUUCAAACAGGAGGCUUUGCCUGGGAGGGAGAGGUAGAAAACAACGCGUAUAGCAAGGCUACAGGGGUGGUCCCUCAGCACAAGUAUCACCCCACAGCGGGCAGUUACCAACUCCAUUUUGCCCUGCAGCAACUUGAACAACAAAAACUUCAGUCCCGGCAGCUUCUGGAUCAGAGUCGAGCCCGGCACCAGGCCAUCUUUGGCAGCCAGACACUCUCUAACUCCAAUUUGUGGACAGUAAAUAAUGGUGCAGCUUGCAGAAUUUCAAGUGCCACAGCUAGUGGCCAGAAGCCAACCACUCUGCCACAAAAAGUGGUGCCACCUCCAAGUUCUUCCUCCUCGCUGGUCCCCAAGCCCCCAGCCAAUCACAAACAAGUCCUCAGAAAGACGACAUCCCAGAGGGCCUCCAAAGGCUCCUCCACAGAAGGGCAGCUGAACGGACCCCAGAGCAGCUUUAACGCUGCAGCCUUUGUGCCCAUCACCAGCUCCGCAGAUCCUGCUCACACUGAGAGAUGAGCCGCGACCGCACGCACGGAGGAAGAACCUGUUUGCUACUCCUGCUCCAGCAGGGGCGUGGGGCCGAAGCAUCCACCAGCGCUGCAAGGGGUCCACGGUAUUUUUUUUUUUUUUUUUUUGGCUGCCUCAGUCCCCAGAGCCUUCAAGCAACAGUGGCGGUAGAUUGUUGCCAAUCGGCCAAUCCAGACUUUUACUGAGACGACGGGAAAACACAUCCGCUGGGUUUUGACUGAACUUGGUAGUGGGGACGUUCAACUGAUACGUUAUAUACCCCAUCAGAGCACACAUGUAUCUUUUAUCCCUUUUACCUCCCGCCCUCCCCCCCCCCCCGCAAACCCGCUUAGGCUUCCUCUGUCCCUUUCCUGCUACCACACAGAGAUGAUAUAAAAGAGGCUCUUUGGCUAUUUGCAUUUUGCUUCCUCUUCUUUUCCAGAUUGCAAUAUUAAGCUUUACUUCCCACAAGCCUAAAAUCCCAACAUCAUCUACCAAAGUUGUUCUUCCCUUUUCCGAGGGGUCGGGGGAAGGGGGAAGCAUACAUCACAAGCUUCCCAGAGAGUGGAACAAAGUCGGUGUGCUGCGGACCACAUGAGCCGUGGUAAAGGCAUCCUUUGGAAUUACUGAUUUCUAAAAUUAAUAAAGUAAUUCUAUUUUUAUUU